AUGGAUAAAGCUGAACAGAAGAGUGAUAACGACCGCCGAGAGACUGGUCGGAGUGAUUCGUCGUUGAAGUCCAAUGGAGAUUCCUCAUUGCCAUCGUCGUCUAAACACAAAAUCUCGAACACCACUAGCGAUGACAUUGUGAAGGAUCUCCUCGAUGAAGUGAGACAAUCGGAAAAGCCAUUCUCCGUGGAGGAUUUGGCUGCUGCAAAAAAGGCUAAGAAGAAGUCAAAGGAACAUAAGCAUAAAAAGUCCAAGAAAAAGAAGAAACAUCGCUCGAAGCACCACCGUAGUGGCUCGCGUACCCGUUCCCAUAAGAAACAUCGGAAAAGGUAG